AUGAAAAUGAUCAAUUUCUUCAUAUUCUCGGUUGUGCUUCUAAGCAUCACCACUGUGAUUAAUGGUGGAAUUACAAGCGAAUUCGUUCGACAAGCUGAGCCAUCGAUCGAGAUGCCUCUUGAAACCUUUCCCGCUCUUUCUGGUACCAACACUCCUGAACAGGUUCAUAUUACGCAAGGAGACCAUAACGGACAGGCCAUGAUUAUCUCGUGGGUGACGCCGUUGAAUCUUGCUGGUACUAACGUCGUUACUUACUGGAUCGCUGGUAACGGCACCGACGUACCGGCAAAGAAGAAAGCUCAUGGCUCCACGUCAUCUUACAGAUUCUAUGACUAUGCUUCUGGAUUCCUUCAUCACGCCAACGUUAAAGGACUUGAGUACAAUACUACCUACAUCUACGAGGUUGGUGCGCAUCCAUCCGUUAGACAAUUCAACUUCACAACUCCUCCAGCUGUCGGACCUGAUGUUCCCUACACAUUCGGCAUCAUCGGUGAUCUUGGACAAACCUAUGCUUCUAACGAGACAUUGUACCACUACAUGGCGAACCCUAAAGGCCAAGCCGUUCUCUUUGCCGGAGACUUGUCUUACGCUGACGACCACCCGAACCAUGACCAGAGAAAGUGGGACAGUUGGGGAAGAUUCAUGGAGCCUUGCGCUGCUUACCAGCCUUUCAUCUAUGCCGCCGGAAAUCAUGAAAUUGAUUACGUUCCAGAGAUUAGUGAGACUCACGCCUUCAAGCCCUACAAACACCGUUACCCGAACGCCUACAAGGACUCAGGGAGCAUAUCUCCUCUUUGGUACUCAGUUAGACGCGGCCCUGCUCACAUUAUCGUACUCUCCUCUUACUCUGCCUACGGCAAAUACACAUCACAAUACUUGUGGCUUGAUAAUGAGCUGAAGAAGAACGUGAACAGAGAAGAGACUCCUUGGUUGAUAGUCAUGGUCCACUCUCCGUGGUACAACAGCAACAACUACCAUUACAUGGAAGGGGAGAGUAUGAGAAUCAUGUUCGAGUCGUGGUUCGUCAACAGCAAAGUCGAUAUGGUCUUGGCCGGUCACGUCCAUGCCUAUGAGAGAUCCGAACGUGUCUCCAACAUCAAGUACAACAUCACUAAUGGCUUGAGCACUCCCGUGUUGGACCCUAAUGCUCCGAUUUACAUCACAAUCGGAGAUGGAGGAAACAUUGAAGGAAUCGCAAAUAGUUUUACUGAUCCGCAACCUAGUUACUCUGCUUACCGUGAAGCCAGUUUUGGUCAUGCUGUUUUGGACAUCAAGAAUAGGACUCAUGCCGUCUACACGUGGCAUCGAAACCAAGACAAUGAACCUGUUGCAGCUGAUUCAAUCAUUGUGCUUAACCGACACAACCUCCCCAGAGAAGAGACUCCCGGCGUCUAA